GUUCGUAACGCUUGUGCGCUCUUUUGGAGAGCUGAUGUCUGGCGCUGGAUCAGCGGAGAGCGCGUCCAAACGUUCUUAACGGGAGUCGCUCAGAUUUCAGGAAGUCUUCUCUAUAUCAUGGUCGUGCAGCCGUGAUCCGUGCGGAUCUGCAGCCGGGCACCAUGUCCACCCGGCACAGCCUGAGCAUUGCGCUUCUGCCCGCGGUCUGUGCGCAUUUUGUGUCCUUGAUGACGGUCUGCUGCGCCGGGAGUCUCUUUCCAGGAGAUACCUAUCCGAAUCAACACGACACACUAAACAUGCUGGAACAUUAUGACAUCAUUGAACCACGCCUGCUCAUUGGAGGAGAGCAGCGACCAAUCAGUCUCCUGAUGUCACUGGGUCAUCCUGGAUCACUGAAGGUGCUUAUUGAUGUGGACGGUGAGCAACUGCUGCUUGCUUUAUGGAAAAACGAAGGUCUGUUUGCUAGUCACUACACAGAAACACACUAUCGGGCGGAUGGAAGAGCGGUCACCACCUCACCAAAUGUCACGAUUCACUGCUUCUAUCAUGGUGAGGUGGAGGGAUACCUGCGGUCGGACGUCAGCAUCAGCACCUGCACAGGACUCAGGGGACUAAUUUCACUUGAAGAUAAAGUCUAUGUACUGGAGCCAACACAAGCGGGAAACAUCACUACACAUCGCAUAUUCAGAGGAGAACACCUUAAACUCACCCAGGGCACGUGUGGACAUGGUCACAACAUUUCAUACCCUGCAGAGUUCUCAAAUACUACAGAAUAUGAUUUCAGCUUUCACAGCAGUCGGCAUAAACGAGACGCCCAGAGCAGCACCAAGCAUGUGGAGUUGAUCGUUGUUGCAGACAACCGAGAGUAUCAGAAACAAGGGAAAGACGUGGAGAAAGUGAAACAGAGACUUGCUGAAAUAGCAAACUACGUCGAUAAGUUUUACAGAUCUCUGAAUAUCCGUGUGGCGCUGGUGGGGCUGGAAGUUUGGAGUGACGGAGACAAAUGUUCCAUCACUCAGGAUCCGUUCACAUCACUCCAAGAGUUCCUGGACUGGAGAAAGCUCAAGUUACUCCCGCAGAGGCCCCAUGACAACGCUCAGCUAAUCAGUGGAGUGUACUUCCAGGGCACCACUAUCGGCAUGGCUCCCAUCAUGAGCAUGUGCACAGCAGAACAGUCAGGGGGCAUUGUCAUGGAUCACUCCGAUAACCCCCUUGGUGCUGCAGUUACUUUGGCCCAUGAGCUCGGACACAACUUUGGAAUGAACCAUGACACGCCAGAACGGGGGUGUGGCUGCAGAGCAACUGUGGACAGAGGCGGCUGUAUAAUGACCCCCUCGACUGGGUACCCCUUCCCGACGGUCUUCAGUACGUGCAGUAAGAAGGAUCUUGCAGCGAGUUUGGAGAAAGGCGUAGGUAUGUGUUUGUUCAACAUGCCGGAGGUGAAGGUACUCUACGGAGGACAGAAAUGUGGAAACGGAUACGUGGAGGAGGGAGAGCAGUGCGAUUGUGGCGAUCUGGAGGAGUGUCAGAAUCCCUGCUGUAAUGCCAGCACAUGCACACUGAAGGAGGAUGCCGUCUGUGCACAUGGACAAUGUUGUGAAAACUGUCAGCUGAAGCCUGCCGGUACUCCAUGUCGUGGAUCCAGUAACUCGUGUGACCUGCCGGAGUUCUGCACAGGCACUGACCCUCAUUGCCCUGCUAAUGUUUACCUGCACGAUGGACACACCUGUCAGGGUGUCGAUGGACACUGUUAUAACGGCAUCUGCCAAACACAUGAGCAGCAGUGCAUUAUUCUCUGGGGACAGGGUGCCAAGCCAGCUCCAGGAAUCUGUUUCGAGAGAGUGAAUUCGGCUGGAGAUCCAUAUGGGAAUUGUGGAAAAGAUGCAAAGGGAUUGUUUGCAAAAUGUGAAUCACGAGAUGCUAAAUGCGGGAAGAUCCAGUGUCAGGGCGGAGCCAGCCGGCCAGUGAUUGGCACCAACGCCGUAUCCAUAGAAACCAACAUACCACUGCAGGAGGGGGGACGUAUCCUCUGCCGUGGGACUCAUGUGUACCUGGGAGAUGACAUGCCGGAUCCAGGCCUUGUGCUCACCGGCACUAAGUGUGCUGAAAACAUGAUGUGUAUAAACAGACAGUGUCAAAACAUCAGCGUGCUCGGAGUUCACGAUUGCUCAUCCAAGUGUAGCGGACAUGGGGUUUGUAAUAAUAAGAAGAACUGUCACUGUGAAGUCCUCUGGGCUCCUCCGUUCUGUGAUAAAGCUGGAUUUGGAGGUAGUGUGGACAGCGGCCCAAUGCGACCAACAGACAGUAGUAGUGUAAUAGUAGGGAUCCUGGUGGCCUUUCUGUGUCUAGUAUGUGUUGGAAUAAUCGCAUGUAUUAAGAGAAAAACUCUGAUCAACCUGUUCUUCAAUAAUAAGAAGAACACCAUCGAAAAACUGAGGUCUGUGGGACCCAACCGACUGAACAGUCCAGUUCACACACUUUCAACUGGGCAUGCACACUCUGUGCACAGAACCUCUCCUCUAUGCCAGGCUACAGCCAUACCACAAAGUGCCACCAUAUAUAAGCCCCAGUCUCCAUUGAAGACGGUGGAUUCCAGGGUCUCCAGACCAUCUCCGUGCCCACCUGUCCACCUCUCUCACCCGCUGCCGUUGACACUUGGCCUGGCAUUGAAACCACCACCCCCACCCCAUCCUCACACACACUCGUCUCCACCCAGAGCCGCCAAGCCAGCACACAUACACUCACACACUUGCGCUCCAGCACCAGGAAAUGGCCUCCGUGGCGUGGCUUGCCAGAACGUCUGCAAAUUUGCCAUGGCGUUGGAGAAGCCCAGUCCACCCCAGAAGCCUCUACCUGCUGAUCCGUUGGGUCGGAAUGUCCGACUAAUGCAGAGUCUGUCUGCUGUCCGACUCCCAGCUCCCAUCCCGACCCCAGUCACCCCAAGACACGUCUCUCCUCACCCACAUCCCAGAAGGCCUCCCCCUAAACAGCCGCCCACCCUGCCGAAGCCUCACUACACAGCCGGUGUGAAGUACAGCAGCUGAGAGCAAGACAGAAGGGAUCUCGUCCCAGGAGAAACAAGAUUGUUUGCACUAUGAACCUCUGCAGACCGGC